GUCAACUCGCCGUGUCCUUGCACAGGCACCUCCUCAUCCUCAACAACAUCCUCAACAACAUCCUCAACGACCUCCUCAACGUCUACAACUGCAACUACAGUAUACUCAAUAUCUUGAACAUAAUAAGCAAUCCUUGGCAUAGGCAAUAACAUGAUCCAACAAAUAUAAGAGCCCUCACCUAGCAGCACGGCAUGCCAAAACCAACCUUUCUUCAACAUCUCCUCGGACGGCCAUCACGCAAGUAUGCACCAGAUGGGGAAGUGUGGGAAGGACAGGGGAAGGGGAGGCAUGAAGGGUUCUAUAGAGAGGAUUGGGAAUGGGCUCGAGAGGGAGUGAAUAGGCAGAAGGAGGAGAGAGAGGCAGGCAAUGAGAGGGAAACGUCAAGUGUGGAAAUACCGAAAAUAGAACCGCCGAUGGUUGUCCUACAUCCUUCGACACCACCAUUGCCGACGUCGCAUUCACCUUCACUCAUGUCUAUCCUGUGCAAGCCUCCUCUCUCCCAACAAGGAGAAAGCGACGAAGAUGAGUUCAUCACUCCUCCCGAAUCACCCUCAUCAUCACCCACCCAUUCCCUUCCCCUCCCUCCUGUCCUACCCCUCCCCCCUAUCAAGGCAACUCAAACACCAAAGAUUCAUUCUAUUCCUCGUCUCCUCAGGGCAGCUCGACCUCCAGCCCCCGCACUCAGCCCUCGAAGCACUUCGACGAGCGGAACAACGGCUUCGGAAGACGCCUUCUCGAGCUAUUCCUGGAGCAAAAGCGCCAGUACGGGGAUGACGACACCGGCAUUAUCGAGGGAAGCAUCCUCCAAAUCUAGCAGGGGCGUUCAGCGAGCGUCGGGCAAAAUGGGUAAUAGGGACCCUCUCCCACCCACGGUUUCGCCACGGGAGAGCAGCAGCACAGUCUCUGCUGAUACGGCACAAGAUUGGGCCAAAGACGUCAGGUGGCUUGUCCUUCCUCAAGAACUCGCCCAACAUAGGUACUCCGAUGAGAGCAAGACGAGCAAUCAAGGGAAGAUCGUCGUACGGAGAAGUCAGAGCCAACGAACCAGCAGCCGACAUCCCAACACCUCCGGAUCUUCCCAUCUCCCGCUGGCUUCGGCCCCGCCCUCUCGGAGCUUGUCAACCCGCUCCGCACCUGCACCUGCAGUGCUCGAGCCAACUAAGGCGCCGACCGCAGCUCCGAGCCGACGUAAUUCGAGUUCCGUCCGGUCUGAACGGGCGCUGCCUGCCUCUACCUCUGCGGCUGCCUUCGUACCUGCCACCCCAACCUAUGUCUCUGCUUCUGACUCGGCCUCUGACCAGCAGAGAACACGUACAAAGUCUGCCUCUAUGCCUAUGCAGACUCGAACGCAAGCGCUUUCUUCGCCCCCCCUGCCUUCCCUUCCCCACUCGUACAGCGUCCCCCUUCCUCGGCACCCUCGCCCUCCUCAUUCAGCCCAUUCAGCUCACUCGGCCCUCUCACCUCACCCCAGGAUGUCAGACGUCCCCGAAUUGGACGAGGACUUGCUCCAUGUGGGUUCGGCUGCCUCUUCCCUACCGAGCUCCUCGACAGUCAGGCCAGGAUCUACCGUCCCACCACCCCCGCCCCCACCGACACCGGCGGUAACUCCGUGUUCUGCCCCCGUACGCGCACCUUCCAUCCGCCCUCGCACUAGUUCAGCACCCACCCGUUCUCUCUCCCGCUCUUCUCACACCUCCCACUCCCACUCCCACUCCACCUCCCAGUCACACACCGUUCUCCUCCCCUCUCCCCUGCCUAUCACUCUUCCCUCCCAACCAACAGGAUACACAUCCCUCCUCCUUCCUCACGCCUCUUACGUCCCUUCCGACCCCUGGCGUGCCGCUACCGAGGGAAAAGUGGACGUCACAAAACUAGGGAUAGGCCAAGCGGCAAUGGCGACUGUUUCUGUCGUCCGCGGCGCAGCGAAGAGCCGCUCCCACCGUCUUUCGCUCUCCCUCUCGCAAUCACAAAGCUCUCCAAGCCGAGAAUCCCCAGAACACGCACUAGCAUUCACGGUCCGCACCCCUCCUCCCUCCCGCGUCCCACCCCAAUCCGCCCUGGUUCGCGUAUUCGUCUGCUCGCUGAACUACGCCGACGCCCUCCUCCUCCGUCAAAAACUCUCUUCAUCGGAAGCGUUCGGCUACAUCCCCGGCCGUGCACUUAUAGGGCAGGUGGUAGAAGCGGGCUGGGACUGUCCGGGUUUGACGAGAGGAGAAUGGGUUCUCGCGUUACUCGACCCGCGGCACCCUGGUGCACUAGCAGAGUUCGUCAUCGUCGACAGGAGGCGGCUAUGUCCCUGCGCAACCUCGAAGUCAGACCUCACACUAUUGCAACUCUCGCUCUUGCCGCUGGUUGGUGUGCCGGGAAUGAGGGCAGCGAGGACGGCACAAGGGGAAGGGAGGGGGCUGAUCUUGCUUGGAAAAGGGAUGGGUGGAGUGGGA